GCCGAAAAGUGUGUGUUUAGUGUGUGUGUAGUGUGUUGGGUAGCAGAGACGGACUCAACAAGAAAAGUCGAACUCAUUACCAAUAUCUGAGAGGAGGAUUCCAAGCAACUGUUGGCAUAUCAGUAUUGGAGAGUCUUUUAUCUCCAAUAUCAUUGAAACCAUGUCAAACCUGCUCAAUUUGGCGUGCAGAGGACUGGUGUCCAGACUUUCACCUUUCACGACCCAUCCACAAAAGAACGUAAUCAUGCCUUUUACUUGCCGUUGUUUAAAUACAACUUCAAAUCGGCAAGCAAAUCAGAGCCCCAAUAAUGAUUAUGUUGUUAGCAAGGUUUACCACAAUCGGAACCCCAGAAAUCUUGAAAAAUUGGCCCUUGCUCGGAAAAGGCUUGGCUGGAAGCUGACUGCUCCCCGCAAAGACUAUUAUCAUAAGUUGAUAUUCACUCUCAGCAACCGUCAUACAGAAGCUAGACUGGAGCAUUUCUCGGGGUUCACAGUGCUCACAGUGUCCACCAGGGAGUGGGCGGUUCGAGACCAGCUUUACAGUUGCACAGAUGUAGCUGCCAGUGAAAACGUUGGGAGGGUGAUGGCUCAGAGGUGUCUGGAGAGUGGGAUUUCGGAGGUCUAUUUUGAUGAGUCAGAACUUGACGCAGCUUCAGAUAAGGUGUCUGUGUUCAUGCAAGCAUUCAAGGACCAGGGAAUCUCUCUCACCGAGCCAGAUAUGGUAGAAGGUCACUACCAGCCUGGGAUCAACUACGAUGGCUACAACAGAUACGCCGAGGCGAAGGCGUGGCAGGACGACUAUCAGAAGGAGUGAUGAUGAGAUGUAGAACAGCUGCGUCGUGGACGAGUUCUGGUGUUUUGUUUUGUGAUAGAAUUUGGAUUUCAUUGUCGCUGUCGCUAGUGGUCCUUAAGUCCGAAAUUUGAAAUUUGUUAUAUUUUUUCUGAAUCCCAAAGCUCUAUCAGAGAGGCACCAACAUCGCCAAAAAUGCAGUUUAAUGCUAUGGUCGAGGCUUACAAUUUUCUUGCUUUUCAUGAUUCCUGAUAGGAACAAGACCACAAAAACUUGUUUUUUUUGUCCCUUGUGUAAAAAGUAUCCAAACGGAUUUAAGUGGAUUGCUUGUGACACUGACUUUAUGUUGCUGUCACGGAAAAAAUGAGCAACUAGGAAAAAAUUGACUGUGCUUUAUAGGGUGAGUUGGAAACUUCGGAGUUAUGCCUUUUUUUAUAUUAGAGUGACGAUUAAGUCAUAAGUUGUGUGUGAUGAUGAGAUACUUUAUUGUGAAUCGUAUAUUAUGCUGAAAAUAAACAAACUGAAUU